UUUACUGCUCCUCGCCAGGCGCGCAGCACCGUCCACAAACUUUGAUGAGCUGAAACCUUAACACCGACAAAACAAAGCUGAAAAGCGGCUGAAAAAAAAACCCAAGAGCGCGCGGUGUUUUUUUGUCUCCAUCUCGAAACAAAUAUAUUCAGUUCAUCUUAAAGGAGCGCGUUGACAAAGCCAAACAGACACGUGUUAAGAUGGAAAACACCCCGGUUGAGAUUUUCAAGGCAGAUAAUAAGUGUCUCUCUGCGCCGCUGGAGGACUGUCCAUCCAAUGCUUCAGCCUGGAUGUCCGGCAACUCCGAGAGCCGCAAUGUGAGCCAGGACGUCAGCUGGGAGACGGAGGGCAUGUCUCCCAUCAUCCCCAUCAUCACCGCCGUCUAUUCUGUGGUGUUUGUGGUCGGUUUACUGGGCAACUGCCUCGUCAUGUAUGUCAUCAUCAGGUACACAAAGAUGAAGACGGCCACCAACAUUUACAUUUUCAACCUCGCGCUCGCCGACGCCCUCGUCACCACCACCAUGCCCUUCCAGAGCACCGACUACCUGCUGAACACCUGGCCCUUCGGCGAGGUGGUCUGCAAGGUCUUCAUCUCGAUCGACUACUACAACAUGUUCACCAGUAUCUUCACUCUCACCAUGAUGAGCGUGGACCGCUACGUGGCCGUGUGCCACCCGGUAAAAGCCCUGGACUUCCGCACUCCGAUCAAGGCCAAGAUGAUCAACGUGUGCAUCUGGAUCCUGUCCUCGGCCGCAGGGAUUCCUGCUUUUAUUCUGGGUGGCACGCAAACAAACAGCGGCAUAACAGAGUGUGCUUUACAGUUCCCUGAGCCGUACGUGUACUGGGACACGCUGAUGAAGGUAUGUGUGUUUGUCUUUGCCUUCGUCGUACCUGUGCUCAUCAUCACCGUGUGCUACUCACUGAUGGUCCUGAGGCUGAAGAGCGUGCGCAUUUUGUCCGGCUCGCGGGAGAAGGACCGCAACCUGCGCCGGAUCACAAGACUGGUUGUGGUUGUGGUGGCCGUGUUCGUGGUGUGCUGGACGCCCAUCCACAUCUUCAUCCUGAUCAAGGCGCUCGCGAGCGUGCCCGAAACCACGGCCAUCAUGGCCGCCUACUUCUUCUGCGUGGCUCUGGGCUACACCAACAGCAGCCUCAACCCCGUGCUCUACGCCUUUCUGGACGAGAACUUCAAACGGUGUUUCAAAGACUUCUGCCUCUCGGCCAAACUGAAAGGAGAGAAGGCGUCAGGCAGCAAAAAGGCCCCCAGCACCAUGCGGGAGGCAGCUGUUCCAUUGGAGAACCCAGACGGGACAAGUAAACCCACAUGACUAGCAGUGGAACUGUCUUCAAUCUCCCAUAUCGGAAAGGAAGACUCAAAUGACCUAGGCUUAACUCACGUCACAUCGACAAUGUAGACUGUAACUUUGACUCUACUGCAGAGGUUGACAGGAUUUAUUGUUAUCUUUUGAAGUUCGAGCAGUUUCAUUUCAGAGAUCAGAUUACAAAAAGUACAAACCAUAAAUCUUAUUCUUUAUCGUAAAUCCACACCAAAUCAAAAACACCAGUGAGAAUAACGUCAUCCCCCUACUAUCUGCAGUGACUUCUGCCUACCUGAUUAACUGAUUUCCUCUUAGGGAGUUAAAAGAUUGUGUUUUUGUCAUUUAAACUUGUAAGGGGAGUGUUAUGUUUAAGCUGGAAAAGACACAAUGUGAUUAAAGCUAUUUUCUUUCCCAAGUCCAAGUAUAUGGAGUGUAGAACUACCACCAUGAGUUGAUAAUUAUUCAGUCAGUGGAUCUAGUCUCUCAAACAUUUUUCCCUUAUCUUUAUUAAGUCAGGCAGUCUCAUUGAGAGCAAAAUCUCUUUUUCAAGAGAACAAUUAUGAAGCUCAAGUAACCAACAGAGACAAUGCAGAGAAUCACAAAAGAGUUUAAGGAGUAAAACUUCAAAAAGGAUGUAACAAUAUAGUCCAUCACGUCACUGAAUCAGUAGAAGCUGGACUUUUGGAUAACGAUGACCUGGAUGAAUGAGAGUCCACACAGACUGUUUGUAGUACAUGGUACGUAAGGAGUUCAGUACCAAAAACCAGUUCUACUGAUAUUUUUACACACAUGAGCGAUAUUCGACAUUCCAUCCAGAACAUCCAUCCAUCUUCUACCGCUGUAUCCUCCACAUGAAGGUCACAAGGCUGCUGUUGCCAGGCGGGGUCACACCCUGGACCGGUCAUCCAGGAAAACCCAUGCCCACACAGGGACAACAUGCAAACUCCAGUGGGAUGAGAACCAGCAACCUUCUUGCUGUGAGACAACAGUGUGUGGCCAUAAAAAAUUACUUAUUUGAAGGCACACUUGGCAGAAGUGUUUUCCUGAGAACAAUAAACCAAGAAUAUUAUCAAUAAACCCACAUAAUGAAAAGCUGAAACUAAUGAUUAUAAGUUAGGAAAUUAACAAAAUAAAUGUAUAUCCAAAUGUCCAAACUUAUUACAAAAAGUUUACUGAGAUAGGAAAUUGAAGGAGUAUAUUUCUUUUCAAUACACAUCGCACUGUGUUCUCUUUCAUUUCCCAAGUCAUUUCCUUCUUGAUUUUUCUUCUAUUGCCACAUGUGCCUUUAAUAGUCCAGGAUGACACAUGUUUGCAACGGAAAUGAAUAACACUCAAUAUACAAAACGUUUUUUGGUGUGUUUUUAAAUACACUUUGUAUCUGAGUGGUUGCUAUAUAAGCCCCCGGACAGCAAACGUGUGCUGACAGCAUUUCCUUUUGGUGAUGAGUUUUGAUUGUGUUACUUAUUUACAUAAUUUUAGUUUUGUUUUUUUUUUGUUUUUUUUGUUUUUUUUAAAGAAGAAGAAAAGAAAAACAACACUAAUUUGCAUCAAAUUCAGUGUCAUCGAGGGAAGUUGAAGUGUAAAUCCUGGACUUGAAUGUGCAUUUACAAUUUGACAGAGGGCUCUUUAUCAGCUUUGACUCUGGAGUUCUGUCCAGAUUCGUAAGUUGUUAAAUGUAUUGUAUAUAAUGUAAUCAUGUGUGUUGUGUGUAGCUUUUACCAUAACACAUAAUAUUCUAUUGAAAGGCUCAUGCUAUUGUUGUACAGAAAUUCUGUAGGCGCAAUCUGAAGACAUGAAUAAGCAGCUCAUGAUAUUGUGCACACGGUUGAAUACGGUAUAUUCUGUCAAAUGUACAGUGUUAAUAUAUGAUGUAUAUGAUACCUUAUUUUGUAUAGGUUACUAAAAGAAAAUCUCUGCACAUGUAGCAUGUCAGUAACCAUUGCUAUGAUCGUAAAACGCAACAUCAGCAGCCUUUAGGCUCGAUGGACUGUGCUGUUAUUUUGAAUGUACUGCAAAUAGCCUACGUAUUAUAUAAACAUGAUAUUUAAUCAUGGAAUAAACACAUCUACGUCAUUAGAGGAGGAACUCGUAGAUGACAAUCAUUUCCAUAAAACAUGUUCGGCUUCAGUCUUGUGUCACUAAAGAGCUUUGUGGUUUUAAAGCACAGAAGACGAGGGCGUCAUUAUGAGGUGUUUUUUUCAGUCUCCUUAAUUAACUGGUUCCAUCUGCUAAUGUAUUUAGCCUUUGCUGUCAACUAAGCAGAAAAUGUAUUGAUCGAAUCAUCUUGUCUGUGAAGUGUUCCAUAUUAAAGCCAGUUCAACAAA